AUGUUCAAACCUUCAUGGGUGAUUUCAAAACUUCUUUUGAAUCAAACACUGUUGUACCAAAUAAGGUUAUCACCAGCCUUGGUUUGCCCCUCCAAACGGAAAAAAGAAGCUCUUAAGAAGGUUCGUUCUGGCAUCCAGGCUGAUAAUGCAAAGCUACAAACUUCGAUCUCUUCCAAGAUUGAAAAGCUUCAAGCCGAUCUUGCUAUUAAGAAUGUUCUCAUGGAUAAGCUUUCCAUCAAAACAGAAAAGGAGAAAGUUGUUUCUACCCAUCUCUCUCAUGCCAACAAGGAGAUUGAAGACCUAAAGUCUGAAAAAGCUAUAAUCAAGAGAUGUGUUGCUGAUGUUAAUGCUCACAUGCAUAAUCUCAUCAAGACUCGUGAUUCUCUUCUCACGGUCUCUGUUCGUCAGCACCUUGCUCAGAAACUGAAGCCCAUAUUCUCCAUGCUUGACCGAAUUUAG